AUGGACGACAUACACGGCUCCAGCCGCCCUGGGAGCCAAGACGCUCCCAAGUUGAACACAACCGAGUCGGAACGGGAACCACUGCUUGCACGGCGCUCUUCGUCUUCAUCACGCGCGGUACAGCAGCUAUCCAAGCAGCUCACUACGCGACAUGCAUUUGCCGUUCUUGUUACACUUCAAAUCGGGUCGGGAAUCUUCGCUUCACCAGCGCAGGUUGACAGCAACGUGCCUUCUCCUGGAGCUGCUCUCCUAGUUUGGGUCCUUGGCGGGCUGCUAUCAUGGGCAGGAGCAGCAUCGUUUGCUGAGCUUGGUGCAGCGCUUCCACUGAAUGGUGGUAUGCAAGAAUACCUACGCCACAUCUACGGUGACACGGCUGCCUUCCUCAUGGCCUGGGUGUACAUCCUCGGCGUGAAGCCUUCAUCCAUGGCCAUCCAAAGUAUCGUCAUCGCCGAAUCCAUAGGAUCAGUCACAUCCAGUACUGGCGACUUACCAGAUGCCAAAAUGCUCAAACUCAUCGCUGCCAUAGCUUUUGUCUCCAUGGUGUUGCUCAACUCCAUCAAUACCAGGUUCACAAUGCGGCUGAGCGAGUCUUUCACGGUCUUCAAGCUGUCGACCGUGGCCCUGAUAGUCUUAGGUGGGGUCGUUGCUGUAGUGGCACAUCUGAUCAACCCAAACUCUUCGUUAUCUGGACCGAGCGACUGGUACACUCGCAAUUGGUUUCAGACAAGGUCGACAGUAUCGGACGGCCAAACUAUCGACUGGGUGUCAAUGAGGACAUGGGAUCGUUACGGUCACUAUUGCGCAGCGAUAUAUGGAGGACUUUGGGCGUAUGACGGAUGGGAUAAUGUAAGUGCAUACUUCUUGUGCUCCAACAAUGCCGGCUGA